CGUGUGGUCAUGCCCCCAGCUUAGCUCCCAGAAAUGCUGUCCUGUCAGCAACUUGCAAGAACCACCCAGAUGACGUGAAUGACCUUGUGAGACCACAGCCAUGGGGUACCGUGAUGAAGCAGGGGACAAAACAACAGAAUGCUGGCCCUUCCUUUAUUUAAAUGUUGUGUAUUUUGUUCAUCGUGGAUUAUACCUGCGCAAAUUUUUAUUUUUUUAAAUACAAUAUGCCUUGAAGUACUCCCUGCCACGAUGACUGAGGCUUUGGCAGCCCCACUUGGAAUCCAGCGUCUGAGGGCAGGGCCGUGCCCUCCGCAUGCGAGUCCAGCCCAGUGCCACCUGAUGUUAUGCCCUUGGAAGGACUGUGCCAGUGUGGGGGCUGGGGGCCCACGUCUGUCAGGGAUAAGGCAGAGCCCUCAGAGUCCCCAGAGCCUUGCGUGUGGGGCCUGGCAGGAUAAGGACCCCGGCUCCAUGGGAACGCUGGCACUGCAGGAUUCUGACCCAAGCCCCAAAGUCCAGCCUGCUCAGUCAGAAGCCUGCUGGGACGUGGGUCCUGGUGAGGCCAAGAACCAGGCUGCAGACCCCCAGCACUGGGAGGCCCAGCUCACCCGUCAGUGCACAGGCCAGCCAGGCCGGGAGCAGCGGCAGAAACAGGCCCCUGGGGACUGUGUCAUGUGGAUCAGCUGGUGGCUCUGGCCCCUGGUGGGUAUCUGCAUGGCAGACCGUUUCCGGGAAGAGGCAGAGAGAAUUAUGCGGGACACACCUGUCAUUGAUGGGCACAACGACCUGCCCUGGCAGCUGCUGAAGAAGUUCAACAAUCAGCUUCGGGACCAGAGGGCCAACCUGACCAGUCUGGCUGACACGCACACCAAUAUCCCCAAGCUGAAGGCUGGGUUUGUGGGGGGUCAGUUCUGGUCUGCGUACACACCCUGCGAAACCCAGAACAAAGACGCCGUGAGGAGGACGCUGGAGCAGAUCGACGUCAUCCAUCGCAUGUGCCAGAUGUACCCUGAGACCUUCGUGUGUGUCACCAGCAGCCAAGGCAUCCGACAGGCCUUCCAGGAGGGGAAGGUGGCCAGUCUGGUGGGCGUGGAGGGCGGCCACUCCAUCGACAGCAGCCUGGGCGUCCUCCGGGCACUCUACCACCUGGGCAUGCGGUACCUGACCCUCACGCACAGCUGCAACACGCCCUGGGCCGACAACUGGCUUGUGGACAGCGGGGAUGAUGAGGCCCACAGCCAAGGCCUGUCGUCCUUUGGGCAGAGUGUGGUGAGGGAGAUGAACCGGCUGGGCAUCCUCAUCGACUUGGCCCACGUGUCUGUGGCGACCAUGAAGGCCACCCUGAAGCUGUCCAAGGCCCCCGUCAUCUUCAGUCACUCCUCAGCAUACACGCUGUGCGCGCACCGGCGCAACGUGCCUGACGACGUGCUGCAGCUGGUGAACGAGACCGGCAGCCUAGUGAUGGUCAACUUCUACAAUGACUACGUUUCCUGCAAAACGGAGGCCACCCUGUCCCAAGUAGCGGACCACCUGGACCACAUCAAGAAGGUGGCGGGAGCUGGAGCGGUGGGCUUCGGUGGGGACUUCGAUGGUGUUUCAAGGCUCCCCUCGGGGCUUGAGGAUGUGUCCAAGUACCCAGACCUGGUCGCUGAGCUGCUCAGGAGGCAGUGGACGGAGGAGGAGGUCAGAGGCGCCCUGGCUGUCAACCUCCUGAGGGUCUUUGAGGCCGUGGAGAAGGUGAGCGAUCACACACAAAGUGCUGAGGAGGAGCCCAUCCCGCUGGCGGAGCUGGAGACUUCCUGCAGGACAACAUACGGCUACUCAGAGGCCCCCAGCCUCCACCAGCAGCCAGGGGCCCUGCUGACCGCCCUCACCCCCCUCCUCCUCAGCCUGAGUCUCCUGUGACACACUGGGGACCAAAAUCCCGCACUCCUGAAGCUUGGGGCAGACUGUGCCAUCAGAGCAGCCAAGACUCCACAAGCACUGUCCGCCAUGUACAAGGUCUGGCCCAUCCUGAGCAGACCUGGGCAUUAUGCUGUGGGCACUCGGGGCACAGGCCCAGUGACCCUCAAUAAAGGCAAUGAUCCCUUUG